GAGACGGAAAGGUUGCCGCUUAGUUAAAACGCCUAUCCCGGUGUGGAAACGCCCCCUUUUUCGUUCUGCAGGGACUAACUUGAGCUCAAAGGCUACAGUCCUCGAUUCCAUGCUGCCUCAGAAUUCUGUCUGAAAUCACUUUCUGGAGGAACCGUGUACAAACGCGGUCUGUAAAGUCUUUGUCUGGUAAGAAAUCAAGCGACUCGUCAAAGCUUUCUGACGCAGAAGCAGUGGUGAGCAAGAGCAAGAGAAAUUCAUAUUCGGUGAAGCUCCUCCCACAAACCCUGCAGAAUGAAACGCACUGAAGAACAAACAGAGUUGAUUGAAGAAAAUGAGAAUGAAGAAUUGAGUGAAGUUGAGGAGAAAAAUCAUGUCAAAACUGGAGAAAAACCUUUGAGUUGCUCUCAAACCAAACAGAAGGAUUUAAAGAAAAGAAGAUCCAAGAAAUAUUUCACCUGCACUCAGUGUGGAAAGAGAUUGACAAGCAAAAAUAGUCUUGAUGAUCACAUGAGAGUUCAUACUGGAGAAAAACCGUUCACAUGUGAUCAAUGUGGAAAAACAUUUCUGAGGGCAUCAGUCCUGAAGAAACACCUGAAAGUUCAUACAAAGGAGAUGCCACAUUCGUGUAAUUUGUGUGGAAAGAGUUUUUCACAGCCAAUACAUUUAAAACUGCAUCAGAAAAUACACACUGCUGUGAGAGAUUACAUGUGUUUUGAGUGUGAGAAGACUUUUACUUCAGCAAAUGGUUUAAAACGACAUAAGAGGAUUCACACUGGAGAGAAACCGUUCAAGUGUUCACACUGUGACAAGAGAUUCAAUAAUUCAGCAAGUUGGAAAAGACACGAGAGGAUUCACACUGGAGAGAAACCCUACAAGUGUUCAUACUGUGACAAGAGAUUCAGUUGGUCAGGACCUCUGAAAACACAUGAGAGGAUCCACACUGGAGAGAAACCGUACACAUGUGAUCAGUGUGGGAAUAGUUUUGCAACAAAAGGACAACUUACAGGGCAUAUAAGAGUUCAUACUGGAGAGAAACCGUUCACUUGUGAUCAGUGUGGGAAGAGUUUCAUACUAUCAUCACAUCUUAAAGAACACAUCAACAUCCACACGAGAGAGAAGCUGUACACAUGUGAUCAAUGCGACAAAACAUUUUUGAGGGCUUCAGACCUGAAGACACACCUGAGAGUUCAUUCAAAGGAGAAAACUCAUUCAUGUUAUUUGUGUGGAAAGAGUUAUUCAUGUUUACAAAGUUUGAAAGUACAUCAGAAAGCUCAUACUGGUGUGAGAGAAUACAUGUGCUUUGAGUGUGAGAAGACUUUUACUUCAGCAAACUGUUUAAAACUGCAUGAGAGGAUUCACACUGGAGAGAAACCUUACAAGUGUUCACACUGUGACAAGAGAUUCAGUCGGUCAGGAGUUCUGAAAACACAUGAGAGGAUCCACACUAGAGAGAAACCCUACAAGUGUUCGCACUGUGACAAGAAAUUCAGUCAUUCAGGAGACCUGAAAAUACACGAGAGGAUCCACACUGGAGAGAAACCGUAUCACUGCUCUGCAUGUGGGAAGUGUUUCAAUAAUUCAUCUGCUCUACACAGACAUACAAAAAACAUUCACAGUAAGUAGAUCAUCUUCAGAUCAGCACUUUCAGGACACUCAUUUGUGUCCUCACCAAAUGAGACACAAUAAUGCAUCAAGCAAUAAAAUAUCAUCUGGAUAUAUCUGUCCUAACCAGACAUUACAAGUGACAUGACAAAGAAACAUUAUUUGAAGUUUCACAGUGAAUAAAGUUCAUCUUCAUCUUCAAAACCAGCAGAUUCUACUGAGAGCUUCAGAUCAACUCAAAGAUGAGUUCCUCCCCAGAAAACAAUGUCAAUAAGGUUUAUUAUUGUGUAUCAUUUCACUUUAUUAUAUAAAUUAUAUCAUUAUGCUUUCUUAAGAGUUUCAUAUUAUGUUCAAUUGUCUUAUAAUGCAUAUGCAUCACUUGUAGUUUGCUUACUCUUUCAUGAAGGAAAGUAGAAGCUUUUUACAAUCUGUUCUUGUUCAGGAAGCUGAAGAAGAGGCUGUGACACUUUUAAGAAACACCAAGAAUAAUUUUUUUAACUUGUUUAAUAUUUGUAUUUUUAUUUUUAUUUAAAUAAAUCUUCCAUUUAUGAUGUAUUUUAGAAAACGCAGAUGCAAGAUAUACUGUCAUGUAGCUUUGCAACUGAUCCUUCUGUGCUUCACUUGUAAGAAGGAAUAGUAUCUGAACCUGGUAUUAAACAAGUCCUGCUCUGACAUGAUCGGUUCUGCUUUUGGUACUGGAGAAAUUAAGGAAAACCACUAACAGUUUAUUAUUGAUACAUAAAAGUUAUCAAGCUAAUUGUAUCUUUCCAACCGUUUGUAUAUGUGAUAAUAUCAAGACAUUUGUCUAUAAUGUUUUCGUUAUUUGCAAUUCAAAAGCGAGAUCUCUCUUGCACUUGAGGGCUGUGUGAUUAAUUUUAUUUUAUUUUCAAUUUUGAGUUUGGCUUUGAGGUAAAGCGAUAUAUUAGAGAAAAUCUGAUGUGUCAAUAUUCUGGAUCCGUGCAUUAGUUCUUAAAGUGACAGCAGUCUAAUAUACUAGCAGCUGUCCAUAUCUUCAAUAAUCAAACAACAAAAGAAAAAUAGCAACUUCAAUCUCUGCUCUUGCCUGAAUGACUUUAGUGAAAGUGAAAGUCGUGACAUUUGCCAAGUAUGGUAACCAAUACUCAGAAUUGGUGCUCUGCAU